GUUCACUACUUUACCACCAAAGUCUCCAGCAGGUCCUGUACAGAGCGUCAGGGACUAGAGGACAGUCAUCAUGCGCUCGCAAUCCGCAUCUCUACACCUCGACGAUUACAAUCGCUAUGGCAGACAGAUGAUCCUCAACGGGAUAGCCUUCCAGGUCUGUGAAAGACAACUAAGGCUUCAGAACGCGUUCGUAGUUGUGAUUGGCGCGGGCGGUCUGGGGUGUCCUGCUCUGCCCAGCAGCAGGUUCUUUCCGUCAGGCAAGCUGGGCAUCGUUGACCAUGAUGUCGUGGAGUUGUCCAAUCUUCAACGGCAGAUACUACACACCGAAGCUCGCCUCAUCAACUUUCGCAAUCAAGUCACCGCCAUCACCACCGCCCUCACCGCCUCCAACGCGCUCUCCCUCCUCUCCGACUACGAUCUCAUCCUCGACUGCACACAAUCUCCCCACGCGCUACCUUCUCUCCGACACCGCCAUGCGCUUCGGCCGCCCGCUCAUCAGCGGCGCCGCGCAACAGCUCGACGGCCAGACGUGCACGGCCCGUGCUUCCGCUGCCUGUUCCCGAAGGCGCCGGCCCCCGAGCUGGCAGGCUCGUGCGAGGAGCUGGGCGUGCUCGGUGCAGUGACGGGUGUCAUUGGGAAUUUGCAGAUUAUCACGGGCCUGUAUGAUGGAAAGCCGACCAUGCUGAUCAUCAGGCUGCGCUCUCGACGGCCGACCUGUCCCACGUACGGAAACGAGCGCGAGAAGGUGGACACCAUCGAAGAAACGGGUUAUGUCAUGUUCU